CAAUUUAAUUAUUAUUUCUCUAGAUCACUUGGUAUUCUUGGCUUGAUGAAAAAAGAAAAUGAUUCCGUGGCAACAGAAUUUAUUCUUCUAGGCCUAUCAUCCUCCUGGGAACUUCAGCUAUUUCUCUUCUUAAUAUUUUUGUUGUUUUACAUGGCUACUAUCUUUGGAAACCUCUUGAUAGUGGUAACUGUGCAAGCUGAUGCUCAACUGCUCCAGUCUCCUAUGUACUAUUUUUUGGGCCACCUUUCCUUCAUUGACCUAUGCCUGAGUUGUGUGACUGUGCCGAAGAUGUUGGGGGAUUUCCUACAGCAGGGCAAGACCAUCUCUUUUUCAGGAUGCCUGGCCCAGAUCUACUUCCUCCACUUCCUAGGAGCCAGUGAGAUGUUUUUGCUGACAGUUAUGGCUUACGACAGGUAUGUUGCCAUAUGUAAUCCUUUGCACUACCUGACUGUAAUGAACCGCCAGUUCUGUUUUCAGUUAGUUUUUGCAUGCUGGUGUGGGGGUUUCAUCCAUUCUAUCACACAGAUCAUACUGGUCAUCCAGCUGCCAUUCUGUAGCCACAAUGAACUGGACAACUUCUAUUGUGAUGUCCCCCAGGUCAUCAAGCUGGCCUGCGUGGACACCUUUGUGGUAGAGGUGCUUAUGGUCUCCAACAGCGGUCUGCUGUCUCUCGAGUUUUUGGUCUUGCUCCUCUCUUAUGCCGUUAUCCUGAUCCACCUGAGAACUCACUUCCGCGAGGGCCAGAGCAAGGCCCUCUCCACCUGUGCCUCCCACCUAACAGUGGUCAGCUUGAUCUUCAUGCCAUGCGUCUUCAUCUACUUGAGGCCUUUCUGUAGCUUUUCUGUGGAUAAGGUAUUCUCUGUAUUUUACACAGUGAUCACACCUAUGUUGAACCCCCUCAUUUACACACUCAGAAAUGCUGAUAUGAAGACAUCUAUGAAGAAGCUGAGAAAAAAGUUUGUGGCACCCCAUUGCCUUGUGAAAGGAUGA